AUGCCAGACAACAAUGUCCGGGGCGCAGACGUCGUCGUCAUGACUCAGUUUGAGGAGGUUCUGGACUUGGUGCGGCUGGGUCUGACCUGGGCCUCUCCUGAUGAGAUCCGAGCCCUGCUGGAGGGUUUGGUGGAGGAGCGGAUCGUUUCAGAGGCCUACAGCAAGAGCCUGAGUCUGCGCCGACUUACUGAGGGGAUGGCGCCCGAGCCGGCUCCGGCCGAAACAGCUUGUCAAUCUGGUUCGAUUAGUUCACCGGGAUCUGACCAGCGACCCAACCGAGGUCAGCUCUGCCAGGUCUGGAGAGACUCUGCUGCCGGUGACCACGUCCACGCAGGACCAGAGUCUGUAUCACCAGUGGAUGGACAGGACGGCGCGUGGUCCGGGCCAAAAACGCACCCACCAGUGAUGGAUGAACACUACCUCAAUCACAGGCUCCUCUCUUCACAGACAGAACAUGACUUCCAGAGAAGGCUCGCAUUAGAUGAAGAAGUAACAGAACUGCUGAGAGGUGCAGAAUCAAUGCAGAAGCCAGCAAGUGAUAAUGAAAGAAUAAAUGAGGGGAAUUCAGAGGAUGAGAGGGAGUGGCUAGAGCAGGUAGAGGAGGCAGCCAGAAAGAUAGCUGUCCCUCUGUGGCAGCACUGGGACCGAGGACGGAGCAUGUUGCUGCCCCUGGUGCCUUGUAUGACGACUGGCUGUUCAACAAGUGAAAACUCAGCCACAGGCAGCGACUCUCGAUGCCCUGCUUUGAAUAUGGAAGAGGAAACAGAACUUGCAAUCGCUUGCAGAACACUAGAUUUUUGUGCGAAUAGCUUUUACUGUACAGAGAUUAUAGACCCAGAGUUCACACUGGAUGCAGGAGGAGCCGCCGACACACCAGAAGGCCUCGGUUUACCUACAAGCGACGGCGUGGCGACGACUGGAUUGAACACGGAUCAUUUCAGCUUCUCUGGAGCAGCGAGAAACGCCUCACCUGUUGAAGCCUGUCCAGCAAGAGACACAAACUACAUCACUGAUGGGCUUGUCGGCGAUCUCGACGUCUGCUGGAUGACAGACACAACAGAGGACCUGCUCUCGUUGACAGGCGAUACACAAUGUGGCUUUCCAGGAUUUAGAGAAGGCAUUGCACAUUUACUUUCUCCCUGUAUGCCUAAGGACCCUCAUACUGAGGCACAAGAUCACUCAUUGUACUCAAACACUAAUGACGGCGUGGAAAAUGUUUUCAGGGAUGCUUAUGGUGCAAAAAUGUGCAGCACUGAUAGCAUGACAGGCUUCAGUGAGAAUAAAGAGGAUGAGGAGAGGCUGGAUUCACACUGGGUUGCCAAGAUGCAGGAAGUGGACCAGGACCCGUGCAUGUUCCCUGACCUGGGAGAGCUACCAGAUGAUUUAUCUGAAUUCUUGAAUGAAGAUUACCUGGGGAAGAUAGUGGAUGCUGAUGUGCUUUUUGGCGAUCCAUGGUUGACCUGCGAAGAUGAACUCAACACCUGCAAUAAGGACCUCCUCCUCUCAUGCAUAGCAGGUGAUGUUCCCAUGCCAACAGAGCUGCCCAGCCCCCCAGACAACCACCAGCAGAGGCAGAAGGACAAACUAACAGACAAAACGAGUAACAGCAGAAAGAGACCCAGAGUUCCCCGCUCACAAAGGGCCACUGAUGAGAACACACCAUCUAGGCCAAAGAGGCGGAGAGCAGCAGGUCGACCAAAAACCAAAGAGAUGCAGGCUGAGCUAGCUGUCGCCCAGGGCGAUGACACGGGAUCAGAGUCAAGUCCAGGAGAGAUGACGGGCCUCUCCACCACUCCACCGAGAAUCCUUCAUCUGCAUCCCUCCAUUCAGUUUAUCACCAUCCCAGACCAUCCAGGAUAUCAGGUUGUCCAGACAGUGAGGCUCUCUCCUCCAGUUAUUAGACUUCCACUCCCCAAUACAGCUGCUGCACCUACUUACAUAUUAGUUCCUGCUGCGUCACCACCCUGCAGACGCCAAGUUCCACCUCUCUCCCCAGUGGACGGUGCAGUAGCGCCAGUCCAAAUGAGCUCAUCCCCACCAGGAUCUUUGUCAGACACCGCUAGCAAAGCAAUGUCUCCCGCCUGUGCCUCACCCCUCUCCCCCAGCAUCGAGACGUCUGUGUGUAAGGAAUCGCCUCUCCCUCAGUCUCCCACUGCCCUUGACAUUCCACAGGUUGUAAAGGACUAUAUCCAGGAAGUCAAAGCACACAUGAGUCAAGCCUGCCAGGAUAUGGAGGCAGGCCUCAGCCUGACCUCUCACUACAUUGAUGUGCAACUGAGCCAGCGAAAGAUUCUUUGCUCCGGAAAAAAUGCAAACAAAGAGCUUGUUAUCAUGGGAGACACAGAUCGACAAAAGAGUUUGUUGCAGCGAAGUCAGAUCUUCGAAGGUUCAAAUGGAGACAAACCCCGACGCUCCAUCUUGCUGCUUGGCAAUGCUGGCAUGGGCAAAACCACCCUGAUCCGGAAGCUGUGUCUUGACUGGUCCAGAGACUGUAUCCCACAGUUUGACUUCGUCUUCUUAUUAGAUGGCAAAGCGCUCACGUUAACGGAGCCGACCUUUAGCCUUCAGACCCUCCUGUUAAACGUAUCCUCCUUUGCCCCCCCCUGCAUGGACCCAGAGGCAGUGUACACUCAAAUCCUUGCAGCUCCUAAGCGUGUGCUCAUCAUUUUUGACGGGUUUGACGAGUUGCGUGUUUACGAAACUCUACUCCAGACUCUAGAAAAGGACUUACUGACCUCAUUGCAGAGAGACAGUAAAGCACAGACAUACACUGUAAGACAGUUAUACUCUGCCAUCCUGCAGAGGGUUCUCCUUCCAGGCUGCACUCUUCUGCUCUCUACCCGACCAAGAAGCACUGCUGGUCAGCUGCUCCGGCGGACGGACAGCUAUUUGGAGGUGUGUGGCUUCACCCCCACGGACGUAGAGACAUAUUUGUCCCAGUAUUUCACAGAUCCUGCCCUCAGAGCGUCUGCUUUGGACUGCUUAAAAAACUGCAGCUACCUACAGCUCCAGUGCUGGAACCCCGGACUAUGUCGGUUGGUCUGCUUGGUUUUAGAACAGUCCAAAAGUUUGGAGGUCCUGCCCAGAACUUUAACUGGGCUCUGCCAUCAAGUGCUUCGUCUGAUCAUGGAAAAGGACAGUAAGACCACAAACUCACAGCCUGAACCUGAAACACAACAAUCUGUAGAAGACACCCAGACACAAACCUCAGGUACUUCUCAAGUGAAGAGCUGCCACAGAAAUGCAAAGACUAGGUCCAGAGCAAAGGCUCGAACUGGCACCCAAAGAGCAAGGCGGGCAACAAGAAAGGAGAAGGAGGAAGAAGAUGAUGAGGAGGUGACGAGUGUUGGUGGGGAAGCAGAUCAAACGGAGGAGAGAGAGAUGCUGUCCCAGCUGAGUUCUUUGGCCUGGGAGGGUGUCAAAGCAAACUCCUCAAUCCUCCCCAGAGGACGGACCAUAUCCGCAAAAUUCAAGGCAUUCGGCUACAGGACAGGGCUCUUCUCGUCUUACCACCUGAGGACAAGGCAGGCUGUCUCAAGCGGUAAGACGGGGGGAGGAGGAAGAGAAGACAGAGAAGAAACGGGACAAGGAGAGAAAGAAAUAAAUGGAAACAGAGGGAGGUUGGUCAUUGAAAACGCUGAUGCAGAUUAUGACCACAUCCUGCUGUGGGCCAACCCUUUCCUUCAGAGUUACCUGGCAGGGGUCCAUUUGUCUCUGUCGAGGACUGUAUCAGACCGCGCCUUCCUCCAGACCCUUCCUUUCCAGUCAGGCCCAAAGGCACGGCGGCGGCCUCAGAGGGAGGAGCUCGAGCUCACCCAGCGGUUUGCAGUUGGGCUCCUGUUCCACAACAGGACAGAGCUGCAGAGGCUUCACUCGUGCACUGAGACGGCAUUUAGAGAUAUGUUGGUCGGCAAGCAGGCUAUAGUAACAAAACACCUCGAAGGUCUUUCGCAUGGGGAUCUGAGCCCUGCCCAGGUCCUGGAGGCUUGUCACUACGUAUAUGAGGCAAGCACCACGCAUGCUAAUGGCAGCAGAGACUGCGGCAGUGCGCAAUUAGUUGCUCACCUGGCAGCGAAUCUUCCAGACGUCCUGACAUGUCGUGGAGUUCCACUCAACCCAUCGGACGUGUUCGCUUUGCAGAACGUCCUGGAGAGGGGUGGAACUGAAGGUAGAAGUUUUUGUUUGGAUCUGGAGGAUUCUGGGAUACAUAUCUCUGGACUCAGAGCUCUGGCGGGGCUCAACAACAUCAACACGUACAGGGCAUGCAUUGCAGAUGUCAUCAGCCUGUGGGAGCAGCUGGAGCAGAGCGGUGAAGAAGGGCUUCGACAGGGGGCGGUGUCCAAAUUCAAGAUCCACCCCCUGAAGGUCACACAGGUGUGUCACAUAGAGCACCUGGCAAAGCUGGUGAACAUACAUAUGCGCAAGAGGCUGUCGGACAGUUCCAGCCAAUCAGAUUCCAUCUUAGCAGAAGGAGUACCAGCUGUCAAAGAGCUGCGCAAGCUGGAGUUUGAGCUUGGUCCAGAGAGUGGUCCUCCGACUCUUCCCAAGCUGUGGGAGCUCCUGCCAGGUCUACAUAACCUACAGCACUUGGAUCUAGAGAAGAGUAAGAUCGGGGACGAAGGAGCGGAGAAACUUGCCGAUGCUUUAGGCUCGCUCUGUUUCCUGGAGGUACUCAAUCUGUCGCAGAAUUGUAUCGGAGACCAGGGGGUGAGGAAGCUGGCAGCCACGCUCAGGGAUCUGCCCAAGCUGCACUGUUUAAGUCUUUACAGUAAUGUGAUUUCUGAUGAAGGGGCAGAGAGUUUAGCAACUGUCCUGCCACACAUGGCUUCCCUCACUGACCUGGACGUGGCGUAUAACAAGCUGACAGAUGUUGGAGUACAGAGCCUGGCAGUCAGUCUGAGAAGCUGUAAAAAAAUCAAGACUUUGAGGAUGUGGAACCAGUGCAUUCCAUACGGCGUGUUCGAGAGGCUUCAGCAGCAGGACAGCCGGAUCCUUUGCCAUUAGAAUAAUACGGAACCUCUCGACUGCGACGAUGAUGAUGAGCUUCUUCUUGUUUUAACACGCAUCUCAUGCAUACAUGUUUACACUACACAAUACAUUUUCUAAAGAAUGUAUGCUUGAGAAACAAACAGGAGCAGAGAGAGAGUGCACUAAAAAGCCCAUUUGCACUAUGAUAUUUCCUCAUUCGUUUUCCAUUUUUUAUGACAGGCAUUUUGUUUGCACUCGUUCUGUGGCUGUAAAAUGCACACUGCUUCACAAUCACCCGGCACUUUAAUGUAAAUAAAAUGUUUCAUGUUGUCAUCAGGUACAUGCUCGUUUCUUUCUUCAUUUUCACUACUACUUUCACAUGUUUACUGAAUUGAUGGGUUUAAUAAUAAGUCCUUUUCACUUCCUUCCCAACAGGUUUCUCUUCUCUGUUUUGAUGCAAACUGACCUUUAAAAGCGUUGUGGUGUCUGUAACUCUGCAUUAUUUAUUAUAUUAU